GAUCCUGCUCUUUUGAACCGAUCAGACAAAUGUAGCCACCCACCUCUAGGAGGAAAACUGAGCUGCAGCCCUGGUGAAACAUAAAGUUUAUUUGACUAAAGUGACGCAAAAAUUCUUAAAGAGCUCUUUGGCAGCAGAUUAUCUGGAAAUCAGACCAUGUGAGGGGGACCGGUGUACAAAAACCUCACCAAGAUGCUGAGUUGCCCACAGGCUGAGCUCCCGAGGCUCUGAAGUAAAUGUGGGUGAAGGUGACUCGAGCUUGGAUAACUCCAAGGAAAGCGCUUCAAACCCAGCCCACAGACAGGUCCGGAAAAUCAACAAUACGUUCAACGACCUCUCCUCUGUAAGGAGAGUGCCAAGAAGUAUCCAUGUGCAGGAAUAAAGUGUUUUACAAAUACAUGGUGUUUGUGCCUUCAAUCUGAUGGAUUUAAACAUGGAAGAAGAAUUCUAAAAGAGCUGGGAAUAAAAGCAGGGGAAAACAAGCCACAAGGGGACUCUGUGCUGCUCUCCGUCUGCAAGUGAUCAGAACAAAUCUCGGAAAAAUGGAAAAAAAGGCAACAAGCAAUGAGACUGAGCCACUGACUUCCAAGAAAGAUGUCUCAGACUGUAACGAAGGAGAAGAUUGUAAAGAGAACGGACUUCUGGUCAGGAACCCUAAAUCUGCCCUACGGCUAGUGGAAGAUGGCAAUAAAGUCCACCCCAGCCAGGGAGAAAAAGGGGAGGCAGCUCAGAUCUCAAAUGGUUAUUCAGGGGUUCAGAGCUCUGUUCCCUGCAAUGGAAUGGGAGAGGUGGAAGAUGCCCAGUGCACUGCCCCAGCAGCCACAACCACCACUACAACCACGACUUCCACCACCUGCGGGGCAGAAGGCCAGCAGCAGCUGAUGGAGCUGGAAGACAGAGAGACCUGGAGUAAAAAAAUUGACUUUCUACUCUCUGUCAUCGGAUAUGCAGUGGAUCUGGGAAAUGUGUGGAGAUUUCCUUAUAUAUGCUAUCAAAACGGAGGAGGAGCAUUCCUCAUCCCUUACACAAUUAUGGCCAUCUUUGGAGGGAUUCCUCUCUUCUAUAUGGAACUAGCACUAGGACAGUACCACCGGAAUGGCUGUAUUUCAAUUUGGAGAAAAAUAUGUCCUAUAUUCAAAGGAAUUGGCUUUGCCAUCUGUAUAAUAGAUCUUUACGUAGCCUCCUACUACAACACCAUUAUGGCUUGGGCCUUUUACUACCUCGUAUCCUCCUUCACGGCGGAGCUGCCGUGGACCAGCUGCACAAAUGCUUGGAAUACAGGCAACUGCACCAACUACUUCAGCAAGGACAACGUCAGCUGGUCCCCGCACUCCAUCUCUCCCGCAGAAGAAUUUUAUACCCGCCAAGUUCUACAGGUGCACAGGUCCAAUGGGCUGGAUGACCUGGGGGGCAUUAGCUGGCAAUUGACCCUCUGUUUAUUGUUAAUCUUCACCAUUGUAUACUUCAGCAUCUGGAAAGGGGUCAAAACAUCUGGCAAGGUGGUCUGGGUGACUGCCACAUUCCCUUACAUCAUACUCUUCAUCCUGCUGGUGAGAGGUGCAACUCUGCCUGGCGCCUGGAGAGGUGUCCUCUACUACUUGAAACCUGACUGGCAGAAACUCCUGGCCACCGAGGUUUGGGUGGAUGCAGCAGCUCAGAUCUUUUUCUCCCUUGGUCCAGGUUUUGGGGUCCUAUUGGCUUAUGCCAGCUACAACAAAUUCCACAACAACUGCUACCAAGAUGCUCUGGUUACCAGUACCGUGAACUGCGUCACUAGUUUCGUGUCUGGAUUCGUCAUUUUCACUGUGCUGGGAUACAUGGCUGAGAUGAGGAAUGAAGAUGUAUCAGAGGUUGCCAAAGAUACUGGACCCAGCCUUCUCUUCAUCACGUACGCCGAGGCCAUUGCAAACAUGCCUGCUUCCACUUUCUUUGCCAUCAUCUUUUUCCUGAUGUUACUCACGCUGGGAUUAGACAGCACGUUUGCAGGACUAGAGGGAGUGAUUACUGGAGUACUGGAUGAAUUCCCCCAUGUCUGGAGCAAACGCAGGGAAUUGUUUGUCCUUGGUCUGAUCAUCGUUUGCUUUCUGGGGUCAUUAGCAACCCUGACAUUUGGAGGCGCAUAUGUGGUAAAGCUGUUUGAAGAAUACGCCACUGGUCCAGCUGUCCUAACCGUCGUCUUCCUGGAAGCAGUUGCUGUGGCCUGGUUCUACGGCAUCACCCAGUUUUGCAAUGAUGUGAAAGAAAUGCUUGGCUUUACCCCAGGCUGGUACUGGCGAGUUUGCUGGGUGGCAAUUAGUCCCAUCUUCCUUCUGUUCGUCACUUGCAGCUUUCUGUCCAACCCUCCUGAGCUACGGCUUUUUGAAUAUAAUUAUCCCUACUGGACCACGGUAGUGGGUUAUUGCAUAGGAACCUCUUCUGUCAUCUGUAUUCCAAUCUACAUGGUUUAUCGGUUGAUUAUCACUCCAGGAACACUUAAGGAGCGUAUUCUGAAAAGCAUUACUCCAGAAACAGCUACAGAAAUUCCUUUUGGAGACAUCCGCAUGAACGCAGUAUAAGCUAACCUGUUUUCUGCGGGGAGAGAGGCAGAGCAUAAAAUGUAACUUUCCCCAUACUUUCCCCCACCAAAGCAUUACGUUUCCAGCUGAGACCCCAAACAGGAGUUUUCUCUGGAGGUUGCAUCACUGACAACGGGCAUUUGGGAACAUGAUGCCUCCAGCACAUUUAUCCAAGCAAUUCAAUGAAAUCUACUGUGCACUUCUAACCAGACUGACCUGACUGAGAACUCAUUCUGGAAACACGAGGAUGUCUGUGUGCACGAGAACACCCCUACUCCACGCGUGGGCAGAAGGGCAGUCUGAAAGCGUGCGUGACUGCAUAACCCACUGUAGGACGAGUAUCGGCGGGUAGGAUUAGGUGUAGAAUCCCGAGUCUGUGGCAGUACUCCUGUAUCUUCCUCAAUGUGAUCGUUCGUACUGGGCAAUGUCGUAUUCGCUUCUAAGGUUCUAAUUGCUUAAACUACAUUGAAAAAUACAAAAAUAUUUCUGAUAGCCAUACACUACUCAAGUAACACAGGGUUUUAUAAGCUAGAAAAGAAGAUAGUAAAUUCUUCAAUCCCUAGGUCUGUAGUGGAGUAGACAGAAGAAGAGGAAACAAUCCUGAGCAGCACUAUAUACAGCUUUGCAUUCACUAGCACACACGUUUGGUAGCGUUAUCGUUUUCAUUUCCUGCAUUUUUUAGAUGGUAACAGUUUCUAUUAAUUGUUUCUUGCAUAACAGAUAUUACAAAGCCAUUUUUUGUAAUGUUCUAGGCUUCACUUUCCUUUAGACCCAAUCAAGCCACAAAAACUUAUCAUGGGUUACUUGACAAGUACGUAAGUUGCUAGCACUUACUAUAUUAUUUUCAUAACUAAGCUAGAUAUUCACAAGAUCAUUGUCCUGACAGACCUGUCACUUAUACCCAAAGAAACUAGAGACCAAGAAUGAAUUUUUUUGAGUUCCGAUGCCAAAAAGCGUAAUCUUAAAGAUCUGCUUCUCUGCUUUGUUUUGUUUGUUUAUUUUUUUAGUUCAAUUUCACACCUAAAAUUUGCUGGAGCCUGUGGCUUUUUCUAUUCUUUCCUAGAACAGAAUUGAAGUUUAGAAUAAUCCUUUUGGCUGGCUGACAACAGUACAUUUAACAAACUAUACAAACCGACUUUGAAGAUAUAUUAGCUCAAAUUCUAAUGUGAACACAUUAGAAGACAUGGAGGGGAAUUUUGUUUUUAACAAGAACCUGAGCAGAGUUCAGCAGGAUUGAUUUUCAGCAGAACUACGUAUAUUAAAUUUCGAGGCACUGAUAUACAAAUUAACUUCCACGCACAUACUAACCUCUUUACACUUUAUGCGUACACACCCUCUCCAAAUGUAACUGCCCUUUGGACUGACUGCAGUUGCCAAGUCAGUUGGAGGACAGGAGUUUUGCUGCAAUUACAUGGAAGUUUAGAUGAACCUAAGUAGUUGUCAUUUAUGUAAAAACUUACAUUGUAUUUUUACUCUACCACAUAGAUUAUAACAAAAGUAAAAUAAAAUAGAGGAUAAAAGUCUCUUUUGUAUCUCACGGUCUACUUAGCUAACGUACUGCUAAAAUUAACAAGGUCAUAUAUGCAUUCAUAGCAGCAGGCAUUAAGAAGCCUAUUGAAGAGUUUACAUCGGUACGAAGAACUUGCCUUACUAGCGGAAAGCAGUGAUGGUGUGUUUGCCUUUUGAAAACAUUUUCAUCACUUCUGCCCAGGUUUUUCACCCUGGGGUGUGCAGACACCUCCUGGAGGAAGGCCUCUUCCACUUCAGCUAUUGGCUUGAGCUCAUUUAACUUUAGGUCUCAAACCCAACUUCCAAUAAGGAAAUAACUUUGAGGGACAAGGAUUGGUCUUUUGGAACUACAAACAGAAGACUCCUAAGCUAUUUUUAAAAAGGGAAUAUGUUCUUUCAUUGCCACCAGAAAAAACGUAAUAGAUCUGUCUUACUAGACAGUUACUCCUAAGAGAUAGUUUUGUAGCUUAGCCCUUAAGUAUAUUUGAAAACUACUUCCAAAAUUGGCUUAAUUGUGAGGAAAAGCGGAACAGUCUGGGAAUUGUGAGGAAAAGCGGAACAGUCUGGGAAAAAGCCAUUGGAAAACCAAUUUGGCCGUUGGAAAGCCAUUUAGUUAUUAAGUUACCAAUCAGAAAAUUACUGAUUAUUUAAAAAAUAAAAUUUUAUAUUAUGAACUCAUUAAUCAAAAAAACACAAAUGAAAUGUCAAAGUAAGAUGAAUGAGGUACUCAUACGUAUCUAGUAUAAAGUGUGGGAAAUAAAGCAGAAAACCCUACCCAGCUUCUCCAUUCUGCAGACUGGUGUUCAAUUAACGCUGGGUAUUUUUCCUCCUAAAUGGGUAAGUAUUUAAUUAGAUAAACCUUACAUAGGAAAUGUCUUUCCAGACUUGAUAGUGUUUCAUGCUAGGCUCAUUGAAAAAAAAAAAACAAACCAAACCAAAAAACUGACCCUUCCCCAAAAUAACCGAAAACUUACAAUUCCAAUUUUUGGUCAUUUAUGUAUAACCACUUGCAAAAGUGUCUUUAACAGAAAUUCUGCUGCCUUUUAUUAGGAAGGAUGAAGGUGGGGACAGAAACGGUUGAGUUAAAUUAUCAGCAUUAUCUGUAUCAAAGCCAAAAUUUCUCUUUCAGUCCUUGCAAACAAACUGAAACUGGGAACAUUACUUCCAGUGGAAUAAUUUACAGAAUAAUAAUUGCAGGAAUCACUGCUAUUUAGUGUGCAAUACUACUGAUGUUAAUCUUUUAUAACAGCGUUUGAAAUAGCAAAAGAUGCAUCUUUUAAUUUGUAUUUUUUAGAACACUAAUACACAACAGAUAUUGUCUCUCUGGAUGGUUUCAGCACAGAAGGCUGAGCAACUUCCCAAGAAAUGCCAUUGUUUUCUAGUGGAUUAAAAGUCAGCCAAGAAGUCCCGGUAUGAAUACAAGCCCUGCAACACUCACAGUGUAAAACGGAGCAGGUGUCCCAGCUUGAAUUUCUCAGUUGAGAAAUGAGAAUAAUGCACUCUGAGUACAGAUGUACCCAGAGAGGUGGAAGUCUUUAAAAUCACUUGAAGAUACAAAAAGCAACGUAGACAUGCAAAGUCACAGGAAAAAUAUUUUUAGAAAUGGGCAGUCCGGAAGAUCAUUAGUGAUGUCAGAUCUUUGCUCUUUUUUCACCAGGACAAUCCAGCCUGAGGUCUUUAUGGGAACAGGGGGCAAAGAAGCCCUCCAGAAGUGGAUUAAAAAGGCUUUUCUUUUCCUGAAUAACACAAAGAUAAAACACAUCCAUGUUUUCAUUCCAGAAAAGCUGAACUUGCAAGGGAGUUUAGUUCCCAUUUUAUUUAUUUAACUUUUUUGUUAUAUGGCAUACUGGUUUUGAAGUUUUAUAAAUAUUCCAAUAAGGUAGUUUUCUUAGUAUCUAUAUUUAGCUAAAUAUUGAAAUACUAAGAAAUUUAUUUCAUUUCUUUUUAUCCUUGAUUCCUUUUUCUUCUUUUUACAUAUCCAUUUGGAAACAUUUAGAGAAACCCGUAUUUAUUAGGUAGCUCAACAAGUAGCCACAGAUUAAACAUUGUUUUUGUACAAAAACUAGUUAUAUUGAUACCAAAUGGGCUGCACUGCAAUUAAAAGUGUUUUCAGGCAAACAAAUCCCUUCUCUUCAGCUCACCUUCCGCUUAUCUAUCACACGAGUAUAUCCUACCUUCUAUUGCGAAUGGUGAAAGGGAAUUUAUGAAACUGUAAAUUAGGACCAUGUUUGCCUUUUAAGCAAAGAGAAAAAACGGAGUUUUAGCUGUACAGAACUACGUAUUCCCCCCAACUUGUACAUGAUGCACUUGUAUUAAUUUAUGCAGCUGUUUAGUUACAAGUGUUGCAAGCUGAUUGUAAGUCAUCAGUAUGUGCCUUGUACUGUAAACUGUUAUUGUAAUAAAUUUAAUAUUCAUAAUCCAUCUCUA